AUGGUGUUGACCGACUAUACCUAUGUGUUUGCCUUUGGCACCAUGUUUGCGUUGCUUGAGGCUUACAACAACGAUGAUGUCGCGAAUGCUUGGGCUACGAGUGUGUCGUCUCGCUCAGUUACGUACCGUCAGGCUAUGAUACUCUGCCUGAUUUUCGAGAUGACUGGUGCGCUCGCUGUGGGUGCUCGAACCGCGUCCACAAUCAAGAACGGAAUUAUCCCCAACUCUGCCUUUGGAGAUAAUGCUGGGGUUCAACUGCUCGCUUUCGCAUGCGCUUCCGCUGGUGCUUCGAUCUGGGUUAUGUGGUGUACUCGCAACUCUGCCCACGUCUCAUCUACAUACUCCUUGGUGUCAUCCAUCGCAGGUGUAGGUGUCGCAGCUGUGGGUGCUAACAAGGUCCAAUGGGGUUGGAGUGGUGGUUCGGGUCUCGGCGCCAUCUUCGCCGGCCUCUGCAUGGCUCCCUUCAUCUCGGGAUGCUUCGGCGCGAUUAUCUUCUUGCUCAUCAAGUACACUGUUCACAAGCGCGCCGACCCGGUGAAGUGGGCUGUGUGGACCUCGCCGUUUUUCUUCCUGAUUGCCGGAACAGUCUGCACUCUCUCGAUUGUGUACAAAGGCUCACCCAACUUGGGCCUGGACAAGAAGGCACCCUGGUACAUUGCGUCCGUCACUCUUGGUGUCGGCUUCGGACUCUUCGUCCUGUCUGGCCUUUUCUUCCUGCCUUACGUACAUGCCAAGGUCAUCAAGAAGGAUUACACGCUCAAGUUCUGGGAUGCGUUGCAGGGCCCAUUGCUUUUCAAGCGACCUGCUCCCGCGGAUGCCGCCCAGGCCAAGGUCCCCAACUACAACGUCAUUCAGCAUGGCGGCGAAGAAGAAGAAGACAACGGUGAACUCACUGCUCCCAACCAGAACAACAACACCACCGUCAACCACGCAGAUGUUCCGGAGAAGUUCAGCAAACAUGCUGAUGCCGAUGCCAUCGAUGCCGAGUCCGACAACAGCUCCCCACACCCCAACCACGGCGAGAAGGCCCUUGCGCGCGUUGACCUUGGCGAGAACGCCCAAUACCAGGAUGCCAAUGCGCAAUACAAGGCUCUCCUCGAGUCAGCUCGUCAAAAACAUCAUGCGGAACUCAGGAAGAAGAAGGGCCCUCUUGGGUGGGCCAUGCGUACUUUGCACGCGAACCCCAUGGGCGCAGGCUCAAUCUACGAAAUCCACAACCUCAAGGCUCUUUGCCUCCGCUUCCCAGCCUAUGUUGUCGUCGCCCUGACGUACGGUCUCCACUACGAUAUCCACAAGGCACAAGUUGGCGUGCUCGGCACUCCGGAGGGUCGUCGUAUGGACCGCGUUUACUCUCACGCGCCCAAGUAUGCGAACGAGACCGAAUUCUUGUACUCCUUCGUCCAAGUUAUCACCGCCUGCACUGCUUCCUUCGCGCACGGUGCUAAUGAUGUCGGUAACGCCGUCGGUGUCUGGGCUGGUAUGUACGCUGCAUGGAGCACUGGUAAUACUGCCAAGUCCAAAGAGGAGGUUCCGCUUUGGCAGAUUGCUGUUGUCGCUCUGACGAUCUGUAUCGGUUUCAUCACCUACGGAUACAACAUUAUGAAGGUCAUGGGUAACAAGCUUACUUACCACUCACCCUCUCGUGGAUCGUCCAUGGAGCUUGGUGCAUCCAUCACCAUUCUCAUCUUCUCGCAGUACAAACUGCCCGUGUCAACCUCCAUGUGCAUCACCGGCGCGACUGUGGGUGUUGGUCUGUGCAAUGGUACUUUCAAGGCUGUCAACUGGCAACGUGUUGGGCUCUUGUUCUUCUCUUGGGUCAUGACCAUCCCUAUCGCCGGAUUGAUCGGCGGUGGUCUGAUGGGUCUUGCACUCAACACCCCCAGCUGGUAA